CUUCCUCACUAUUGUUGUUUUCCUAACCUCAACUGAUCAUAACACAAGUUAAAAUGACUUUAAAUAAUAAGUAAUUAAUUUAUAGCUUAUUAUCAAAAAUGGGAGAAAUCGAUUUACUGUUUUUUGAUACUUUUGCACAUGAAAAUAGCGAAGAAUUAAACCUAGAUCUGGUGCAGUUCCCCAAGCCCGUUUACGUAACCGAAGUUAGAAUUAUCCCGCUGGGCGCUCGCGUUCAGGCAGACUUUCCUGGCGGUGUUAGACUUGGAGCGACUAAUCCGAGUCAGUUUUCCAUUGAAUUUUUUGUUAACGAUUUGGGAAAGCCGGGCGCGAGCACUUUCGAGAGUUUGGGCGGUUUCGAUUAUAAUCAAAACGGAUGCAUAAAUUUGGAGUGUGUUCCUAAUGAGGCGAUUAGAAAAAUACCUACAGAUGGUUUAGUGCUUAGAGGUUGGUAUACGACAAUAACGUUAGCCGUAUAUGGAAUACUAACUGUAAAUGUACCGGAACAAAUAAUACAACCUGUAGUUUCCCCCGCUAUACCGCCGCAGCCAAAUAGUCUACCAGAGCUACAACAAAUUAUACCCGUGACACCGAUAAAGAACGAAUGGCCUCAGGAUAACAUACAGGCAGUCCCAAUAGAAUAUACCCAACAGCCCGCCGUAGCUUAUCCACCGAGUUAUGGCACAACCGAUCAGUAUUCUCAGGAAUAUUCGGAAUAUUAUAGUGAAAUUCCGAAAGAUCCCCGUAGUUAUCAUAAUACGCCGGAGACCGAUUGGGAUAACAAAAAUCGGGUGCUCACCGUGGAGCCCGAGAUCAAAUCGGAUAUUGAUCGAUACCAGAAAACGGGUAGCUUGGAACGAGAGCACUCCCGCUUGGAAACCGAUCGACGUGAGAGAGAUAGACACUACGUAAGAUCUCACAGCCAGGACAGAGAUAGAUCUAGAGAUUAUGCCGAUACAAGUAGAGAGCGAUCUCGAGAUCGAGAUUGGGAAUUCGAGCGAGGCAAUUACAGAGAUCACAAAGACGUAGAGUGGGACAGAGAGCGAGACAGAGAUCGCCCGUACAAGCAUCCCGACACCCAUCGCCGAACCUACGGUCGCGAGGACAGGGAGGAGGCGCGAAAACGCCCACGAACUCCACCCACGUGCUCGCCGAAGCGACCUCACACCCCUCACGCCGAGUUGUCCCCAAAAGAAAUCGAACCCGUUCCCGAAUCGGAGAAAGUGCAAAAAGAGGAUAACGGUCAAUCUCCCGUUAACGAGGAGAGCGCGCACGCCGUCGAGGAGUUCGAACCGAUUUUGAGCGACGAAGAUAUCCUCGACGAUUCGGAACAUUAUCAAGAUCUCGACUAUGAUUACACGGCCUACACUAAUAAUGAUGAUAUCAUCAAAUUGUUCAUACCGGGAUCGACGGUUCUGAAAAAAUACGAAAGAAGUCCAAGCUUUAAGGUUUCGUUGAAAAGUAUUGAGAUUAGUAACAAUUUGAAAUCGGCCAUCACCAUUGCAGAUGAUUUUUUCAAAUCUAGUAUUACCAAGUAUGUACUUUCGGAAUUUGAAAAUCUAAACGUCGACAUCAAAGAGGAAUUCAUUCACAUUUGUGAAAAAAUUAGCUCGACGAUAGGCGAAGAUGAAAUAUUCUGCGAUAUAGCGGCCCUUUACGUUAUUGUGAAAAGCCUCGAAUGCGAAGACUACGACGAAUCGUCAAAGGAGAUCAUCGCCCAGACUAAGUUUGUCGUCGAGACUCUUUUAGAUUGGAUUAAGAUCGCAUUAGAUUAUCACAUGGCGAACAGUCAAAAUUUGCCCGCUUACAAAAUUAGGCAUAUUAAAUGCGGGGUACGUCUCGCCGAUUGGUGUUGUAAUAGUGUCGACUUUAUAAAGAUGUUGUGGAAUCAAAGCUACGACGUUGCCGAUAUUCUUCUCUAUCUGUACAGUCGCGAAUACAUGGCGCUUUCGAUUAAGUUAAUGAUCUUACACGCACUUGACACCUACUUACUGCAUAAACCUGCAAUCGAACGCUUUACAUCUGCGACAAUCUCGUCUAAUGUAAAAGAAAAUGGCGUUUCCAAUUCUGAAGAUUGCGGUUAUAAGAAAUUAAUCGAAAUAAUGUUGAGAAAUCCGCUAGUGCGACUAAAGUUCGCCUUACAGUCGAUCUUAAAAAAGCUGAAUUUAUUCGAAAGUCUUUCUAAAUUGCAGGACGCGGCCGCUAGAGGUCGUCGCGACCAAGAGAUCGAUGUCACUUUGAUAAUCAAAUUGCUAAAUCAAAUUUUGGAUCUUUACCGAAACGGGCCGCUUGAAAUAUCUCAGCCUAAGCGAUUUUUACCGGCGGCCGCGCAGUUUGACAUAAAUCGUUGCGAUUUGAAAAACUUAUUCUUGCGCAUGUUCGACGCGCAAAACCUGCUAAGCUGCUGCGCGCUGUUGCUUACGCUUCCAAAGACUAUGAAUCUGUCAUCGGUGAAAACACCAAUUCUGGAGCUUCUGACCUGCUUUCUUCAGUCCAAGGAAGGGAUGCUGUAUUUAUACGAUAAUUGCGACAGCGUCAAUACUCUGCUGAAGGUAUUGCUGCAAAGUGACGAGAUCAUUCAGUACUCGAUGCCUUUUUCCGUGGAAAUCGAGGGGCACAUCUUAGGUUUGCGAAUGGCUUACGCCUUGCAAUGCCAGUACCACGUCGAUUACUUACUCGAUAACGCGCAGGCUCAUAAAUUCGAUUGCGAUGCGAGUACGCUGCUGGAUCAGUUGCAUUGCAUUUACUGCCUCACGUUUUCAUCCGUCGGGAAGGUCACGUGCAGCCAAGUGCUCGGGUUCGAUCAGAAUCUCCAAUGUCUCGUGCAGUUCUUCGAAGUGCUGCACGUCAAGGAAAAGUCCGAGCAGCAGUUAUCGAAAAUAAAGAAAUCGCCCGGAUUGGCCUACAUUUGCGAUCUAAUCGCGUUUACUGUCGUUUACAAUUCGGAUGUGACGUUUCUCGAGAGGAACGCCAAGCAUUUGCUGCACGUCGUGAAUCAGCAGGAGCUCUUCGACGAUUCGGUGAUCGCUCGAAUAAACGAAUUCGCCCCCUACGUGAAACCGUUCGAAACGCUCACCUUGGCAAGCUACGAUAACGUAGGACCGAUCAUCGAGGUCAUUGUAAAACAUCUGGAAAACGUCAUCGCGUUUCCGGGACAGUUGGUCACGUGCUUGCGGAUUCUCGACCAUUUGGGAAUAUCCAAGCAUGCUCGCUCGGACAACGGUCUAAAUAAUUACGUCGAGCUCAAAUACAAGCACGUGAUCAUACAGCUAUAUGCGCUUGAUGGACUGGCGACGCUUACGAGUAUUUUGCAGAAAAUUUGCAAAUUUUACGAGCAACCAAGCAUUCAUCUGGCAACUUUUGUCGCGAAUCAGUCCAUCAAUAUUAUCAACGUUGUGAAGCCGUGCAUUGAUCUGCUGAAACAAAUGCUAACGUACGUCAUCCAAUGCCGUAACACCAAUUACAAGGAUUUGACUUCGGUUCCGGUGCUGCUGCAGACCUACAACUUACUGCGCACGUUUCCGAGUAAUUCCCCCGUUUAUUUUAAGGCGAGAAAGCUGUGUGAGAAAAUCAUAGAAGCCCUCUUGGUGUAUACUCAGCCUGUUUCAGACGAAAUAAGCGAAAACGACUUGCUGAAUAAAACUUUGUGGGCGCAGAUGUGCGGCGAAGUUAUCAAGUACAUUAAUUUGGCCCCGUACACUUUCAUAUCGGGUCUGCUCGUCUUCUCCGAGCUGCUUCCGUUGCCUCUUCCGUUGCAGACUCGCGAACCGCUCACGCCCGAGGAGGUAUCGUGGGCGGUCAACCUGCGGAAACUGUGGGCGGCUCACUUGCACAUCUACAGCAGUAACAUUCAGGAGCUUAUAAACCGAAUGUGCACCUCCACGCACCCGCCUUUACUGAAUCUCUUGCGCAAGGUGUGCAUCCAGUUGGCCGAUUUGGCCUCGAACUCGGCCAUAAUGAUUGCAAAGGGUAUACUAGACACAGUGCAUGCCGAUUUAAGUACCGAAAGUGACGUGUUGACUCAACCCUCUAGUGGCAACGUUGCGCGGCUUCUUAAUUUCUUAGCAUGUUUAGUGACACAUAACUCGUUAAAGUGCGCCAUUUUAAGUUUGCUUCAAAAUAAAGCCGAGGAGAAGUAUUCAUCGAUUAUACCGUCGUUUGCAAAAAUUUUGAGCUACAGCAGUAGCACGAACUCGCACGUGCAGGCCCAAGAAUGCAUUUUAAGUAUCAUACAAAGCUUGUGCGACACCGAAAUAACUCUACUCCAAAACGAAGUGGAAAUUACUAACGAAACGUACUUGGCAGACUCCCUCCCCAUUAAAGAUACCCUACUGUCGUUUAUUACAAUGAUGGUUGAUCACUUAUCGUGCGACAAUACCUUCGUCACAUACCUUCCGAUCAUUCGCACGUUACUACUGUUGAUGGAGCACGAUUACGGUUUCUACCACCUACGCGAGCACCUGCUUAAGAAAAGCGACGUCUUCGCGAAGGUUCUAAAUAAGACCGUCGAGGGCUAUUCCAAAGAAAAUGAGGACUGCCUCUCGGUGAUCAGUUCAUUGGUCGAGUUUUUCAGAAUUUGCCUAAUCCCGGACGAAGUCCCCGACCCUCUCACCGGUAAUCUGAGGACGAUGAAGAUGAACGUCGGCGAGGUGCAGUCGAUGUUGGGUUGGACGGGAGAGCAGGCCGAAGGUGCGGAACAACACGCGCUUUUGCGCUUAGAAAACGUUUUACUGAAAAGUGUGACUGAAGAAUCUUUUGAUAACUACAUUCACGAAGGCGUGAAAGGUAUUAUCGCGCUUCUGAAGGAGAUUACAAAAACCAAAGAGACACCUGUCGAGCCAAUUUUACCCCCACCACAAUCGCUACUGCUCCAAUUCUCCGCGCGGUCAAUUUUUACACUGACCGAUGUAAUCGACGAACAGCUCACUACGAACUACUGGCUCUCUGUGCCUGCCUACGAGCCCACCACCGAAGUCGACAAUGUAACGUGCGAUCUGGGUGAGGUUUGUCGUCAACACUUACCGGCGGAUAUCAACAUAAUUAGGGAAGUCGAGAAGGUGUGUCGAAUUUACUCGUCGAACAAUAACGAACAGGACGACGCAAAAACAAAAGGAGCCGAAGAGCAAAAGGAGAAGAACAAGAAAAGUUUCGUCGUGCCGAUUGCGCGCCGAGGUUUCCCAUACCGACAAGUACAGGUACGAGCGGAUCUGUUUAGAUCGAGACCGCCGAACACCUCGCGUCCCCCCUCGCUACACGUGGACGAUUUCGUUGCGCUGGAAACGUGCGGCGCCCAACCGACCGGUCCCACCGGCUAUAACAAGAUCAGUAGGGAGCUCUUGGCGACGUCGAGAGUGACUCGAGGGACUCGCGGCAGAUCGUUUGUCAAUGCCGAACGCUCGUUGCAGCAACGCCAAAUUUGCAAUAGGUCUGUCUCUUUCAGGUCCUGGUGGAGCGCCGGAUUAAAUCGGCGGCCAUAUUAAUUGUAUAUUUGCCAAAGGCCGUACUUUUAUUUAUAGAGAUUCAACUAAAAUAAACUUUCAUUGUUGUAUGCGUAUGAUUUCCAAACGUAUGUAGACGAUUUGUCACAGAACUUUGUAUAUAUAUUGCAAAAAAUUAAAUAAACAUUUAAACCUUU